AGCUGCCGGGGUUUCUCGUUCCAGCCGGCCAACCCAGUCAUCUCGGCGCAGCUUGGCUUGCCACGACUGGGCGAGACUUCAAGCUUGCAUGCCAUGGGCCGCAAUUCAACCCACUGACGACCGCCGCCUGAGACCAGUAAUCACCAACAUUCUUGCGCGACAAUUGUUUCUCUGGCGCCCUCAACACCGCCACCGGCGACCGCGCCUAUAUUUUCCCAACGACGUGAGCUCGAGUUAUUGAGCGCAUUGACGUACAUAACUAUAACCGUCCGUUCGCGCCCAAAGCCCGACCACAAGGCAGCAAUCGUCUCCUGUCCUUACACCCUGUCCUCUGUGCACAGUCGCAUCCAUCCGAUCAGAACUCCCCGCGCUCGACACUCCGAUUACACCAAAGUACGACACCGUUUUGUCAUCGACCGCCGCUCCCGAUCGCCGCUAUCACCGAACGCUUCCAGCCCUCGGACCUCGAGGGGCGCCGUUUCCCACUGCAGUGGGCAUCCAUGGCCAUGGCCGAAACUGCAACCCAGCCGCACGAUCAGCCGGGUCGGCUGGGUCGUCGACGACCCUUCUCUGCCUUGAUGAAGAAAUUGGCGAAUUUGAAAGCUACGUCUUCGAGCGAGGGAGGCCGACAUUCUAGCUCGAAACGAAACGGUACCAAGAAGCCUCUGAACAACCCAUACCCACAGUCAGGCCAUAUCGCCAUCGCCAGCUCUCCGCGCCAUAGCCACUACUCGGAGUCCUCGGGGCCAAGCCGGCGAAUGACGAGCGCGUCGUCCCUCGAACGACCCGACUCCGUACAGUUAUCAAACGAUGGACAGCCGCUUCCAACAACAGGCGGCCGCUCGAUGGCGCCGACAAUAUCAACCGAACAAGGGACAUGCCGCUCCAUAAUCGCACCUUCGCAUGGAGAUACGUCGGGCACAAGCCGGACAACGACUGGCCGGAGAGGAGGUGACAGCACCUUUUCUUCUCCCGCGCCGUCCGUUCGAUCUCUCACGACGACCCUCACGACGAUACAAACAAUCGCCCCAGCCACAGGCGGUAACAACAACCAAACGACCGCAAACCAACACUACCACAACUCCAACUCGCAAGUCAUCCACUUCAACCAACCCUUCCCAACCAAUUCUCCCGCAUCCGCGAUCCCCGCCCACCUGGCCACCGGUACCCCGGGCACCUCCAACCCGAGCACCUACCACACCGCAACGGCCAACAACCUGCUCACCGACAACGCGUCCAUACUCACCCUCGCGUCCUCGUCCAAGCGCCGCCGCCGCCGCUCUUUCGACACGGACGCUUCCGUACGCGCCAUGGCCCCCUCCUCCCUCUGGGGCGGCAGCCGCGAGUCCCUCCCGCUCAGCGUGCUCUCCGCGACCAUGGACGGGACCGUCGGCGGCCCGACCACGCCGGGCCUGCACCGCGGCGCGAGCGGUGGCAUCGGCGGGAUCGGGUCGAACGAGCGGACGAGUAUCUACUCUGCCACGGGAAUCAUGGGGACGACGACGGCGGCCAGUGAGCGGAAUAGCUUCUACGCGAAGCAGGGCUAUGCCAGCGGGGACGGGGCCAGUGUGCGGAGCGGGCUGUUUGGCCACGGGCGGUCGGAUAGUGUGGCGGGGAGCAUUGGCGGUGGCCUGGCCGUGCCGACCUCGGGGACGAGCCCGUUGGCGAGCCCGAGAGAAGGGGUUGAGGAGGAGGAGAAGGAGGUUGAGCGGGAGAAGGAGGAGGCAGAGAAAGAGAAGAACUAAAGAGGCACGAUUGGUGUGUGUCUGUUUGGUAUGGACUAAUGAUGGGACGUGGGUUUCGGGUCUGGGUAUACGGUGGGUGGGUCAGGGGUUUUAUGUCGGUCAGGCUUUUUCUUAUGGUGUUCUGGGUAACCAGCUAUGGCUGACGGUUCUCAAUGGUUGGGUCGGAAUGGUGUUCAAUGGGUACCACAUGA